CAUUUUCCCCGCGACUGGCUGGCUCGUGUUCGCUCAGAUCCCCACCAUCAACAUCCAUCCAUCCGUCAUCACCUGACCACCCUCCACGAUGUCUGCUGCCACAGAGCAACAAGUGCUGGAGCUGCUUGCCAGCAAGGCCGGCCGAGCCCUGGACUUUCUCAACCCAGACAAAGUCAAGGAGCUGGUCCACUUUUGGAUGUCCGAGAUUGGUCUUCCAGCCCGCUACUUUGAGAUUGUCAGCGCCGAGGACAUCCUCAAGCAUGUCGAGUCCCUUGCGGCUGAGCUUGCCGGACAGGCCGCCUCUGGCAGCACCUUUGACAUGGAAAUCCGGCACGAGACGGAGACCUCUGCCCUGUAUGUCGUGCCAUCCUCUGUCUCCGGAAAGGACAGCGGCAUGAUGCGCUACAGCCUCGGCCCCGCGCAGUCCACGCCCGUGCACCGCGUUGAGAACUACAUUGAGCAGACGUUCUUUUCUCGUUUCCACAACGAUGAGGACGAGCAUGCUGAUGUGCAAACACAGGCCCGCCGCACCCUCGUGCGCUCCCUGUCCACGGCGCAGCCCCACUCCCCAGGCUCCCCAACCCCAGGCUCCACCAUCCUCGCCAACCGCCCUUUCCGCCUACAGGCGUUCCGAUCCAAGGCUGCUGUGGAGGAGGCUGGCGGCGCCCACCUUCGCCUGUACCUGCUGCAGGCGUGCGAGUUUGUCAACCCAAAGCCCGCAGACGACGAGACGCGCAUUGAGGAGCUUGCAGACAAGGGCUUCCUCUCCGAUGUCGACGCCAAGACCAAAGCCGCCUACCAAGAGGUUGUGCGCAAGACCGUGGAGACGGGGGAGCCCGUGUUCCAGUUCUUCCAGGACUUUGAGGACGAGGGUCACAAGGCAACCCUGCUCCUCGUCUCCCACUUCAUUGGCGACACCCACAGCUUCUUCGUCGGUAUGCCUGCCGUGUACCGCCACUACUACAUGUUUGCUCACACCAAAUACGUCGAGAUGUUCAGCAACGGCAUCAUUGUGUUUGCCUUCUACCUGAACCCGCUGAGCGUGAUUCGGCAGCCGGACGGGUCGACGGUCGAGCCCUCCUCCAAGCUCGUCUCCCGCAUGGCCCACAUGGAGCAGGACGCCUCCCUGCACUUUGUCCUGCCCAAGCACAGCUUCACCCCGCUGCUCACCAGCGGCAAGCUCAGCGUGCAGGAGACGACGUACGCUUACUGCGCCGCCAAGUUUGCCUUCCACUUCCUCAACCGCGGCGAACGGGACCACCGCGAGGUUGCCCUUGCCCUGCAGUCGUCCGAAGCGCUGGCUGCGCUCUCCCGCCUUCGCGCCGCCUUCCGUAUGCACGCCUUCAACGAGGGCUUCAUCGUGGAUGCCGUCAUCACCAACAAGCAGCUCAUCUCCGUGCUGUACGACGACUUUGCUGCGCGCCACAUGCCAAGCUUCAUGCACCGUCGCUCCCGCGUCAUCAGCUCGUCCAACCCCGAGACUGGCGGCACGAUGGAGCGUGAGAGCGGCAAGGAGCGCCUGCUGCAGCUCGUGCGCGAGUCGUGCAAGACAGAGGGCGAGCGCACCGUGUUUGAGGCCUUUGUCACCUUCAACACGUCCAUCCUCAAGACCAACUACUACAAGCCCUCCAAGCGCGCCAUUUCCUUCCGCCUGGAGCCGUCCAUCCUCUCCUCCAACGCCUUCACAGAGCGCCCCUUUGGCGUCUUUAUGAUUGUGGGCGCCGAGUUCCGAGGGUUCCACGUGCGCUUCCGCGACGUUGCGCGUGGUGGCAUUCGCCUGGUGCGUUCCCGCUACCCGCAGGCGUACAACAACAACGUCUCUGCGCUCUUUGACGAGUGCUUCAACCUGGCGAGCACGCAGCAGCGCAAAAACAAGGACAUUCCCGAGGGCGGAUCCAAGGGCGUCAUCCUGCUGGGCUGGAAGUACCAGGACAAGGGCCAGGUUGCCUUCCGCAAGUUUGUCGACGCCGUACUCGACUGCAUGAUCCCCGACGAGCAGUACAUGAUCGACCACUACGGCAAGGAGGAGCUUCUCUUCCUCGGCCCAGACGAGGGCACAGCUGACUUUAUGGACUGGGCGAGCCUUCACGCCCGCAAGCGCGGGUACAAGUACUGGAAGGCGUUUACCACGGGCAAGGGCACGUCUCUCGGCGGCAUUCCGCACGACACGUAUGGCAUGACCACAAACUCCGUGCGCGCGUACGUGGAGGGCAUCCAGGAGCAGCUUGGCCUCGACCCAAAGAAGUGCACCAAGAUGCAGACUGGCGGGCCCGAUGGUGACCUUGGCUCCAACGAGAUCAAGAUGGGCCUGGAGAAGACGGUGGCCAUCGUCGACGGCAGCGGCGUUGCCUACGACCCGGAGGGCCUGGACAAGGAGGAGCUCACCUCGCUCGCCACGCGCCGCAUCAUGGUCAGCAACUUCAACAAGGACAAGUUCUCGCCGCAGGGCUUCUUUGUCAACGUGGAGGAGUCAGACUGCCCGCUGCCGGACGGUUCCACCGUGCCGAGCGGCCUUGACUUCCGCAACGUGUUCCACCUCAACCCCAUGGUGCACGUGGACUUUUUCGUGCCCUGUGGUGGCCGCCCUGCGGCUGUCAGCACGGAGAACUACAAGGCGUUCCUGUACGACAACGACGGUCGCCUGCGUGUCAAGUACAUUGUUGAGGGCGCCAACCUGUUCUUCACGCAGGAGGCGCGCCUCAAGAUUGAGGAGGCAGGUGUCAUCCUCAUCAAGGACGCAAGCGCCAACAAGGGUGGCGUGACGUCCUCCAGCCUCGAGGUGCUUGCCGCCCUCUGCCUCACAGAUGAGGAGUUUGUGGAGCACAUGGCAAUUGCUGGCGAUGUUGUGCCAGAGCUGUACCAGACGUAUGUCAAGGAGGUGCAGGGCAUCAUCAACAACAACGCCAAGCUUGAGUUCAAGUGCAUGUGGGAGCACCACAAGGCCACCAACGAGCCCAUGUCCAUCAUCAGCGAUCUGCUCAGCAACAAGAUUGUGCACCUGCGUGACGCCAUUCUCGCCAGCGAGCGCAUAUGGACAAACCAGACACUCAAGACCAACAUUCUGAAGCGGGCGAUUCCCAAGACGCUUCAAGAGUUCCGUCCACUGGACGUGCUCACGUCCCGCCUGCCGGCCGUGUACCUGAAGACGCUCUUUGCCUCGUACCUCUCCAGCCGCUUUGUCUACUCGCAGGGUCUGCUUGCGUCCGACCUUGCCUUCUUCGAAUACGUGCAGGAGCUGUCUGCCUGAGUCUUUCUCUCGCUCGCUCGCUCCAUGUCUCUCUCUGUCUGCCUGCCUGUGCGUCUGCGGUGUGGCGUUGUUUCUUCGUGUGACGACUCUUUUCGUGUUCGUGCUGUGUUGGGAGAAAGAGGGCUUGUGGUGUUGUUCGUGCGUCCUGGCAUGAGGCAAGGCCACGCAAGCAAACCAUUGGCUCUUCGUCCCAUGCUUGUUUGUGUCUGUCUGUGCCUGUCUGCCCUCGUGCUUGCCCGUGUCUGUUCGCUUCCUAGAUCAUGCAUGCUUUUUGUUUGCCGCCAUCAAGGUCGUUGUUUGCGCCUUGCCAUGAACACCGUCGCUGCUCGCUGUCUGUUCGUGUUGCCUUUGUGUGUCUGCUUCCCCUCCUCUGCGUGUCAUGCGUGGCUUCGUGCCUGGCACGACCCAAGGAAACGAACAACAAGCCAAAAAAAAAAAAAAAAAGUGAAACGCUUCGGCAAGGUUCGCUUCAAAAAACGACAUGCAUGCUUACAACCACGCAUUGAGUUCAAGGUCUGACCGCGAAUACAAAACAAC